UUUAUUAAUUACUACCUACUAAUCAUCAUUACUCAUUAGUAUCUGAAAAUUAUACUAAAAUUAAAACUAAAGUGAAACUUAUUCCUCAUUCAUUACAUAACCUUUUCACACUCUCUUUCAUAGUCCUUCCUUUCACUUCACUUCUGUCUUUUUUUUUUCUUUUUUUUUCUGCAAGUCAGUGAGUUAGUCCCUUCAAUGUUGAACUGAUUCAAGCUUGUUACGUUACAAUAAAGAUAGAACGCAAGCUUCAAAAUGAGGGGUUCUUUGGGUGCUGUAGUAGGAAGGUACACAUCAAGUGAUGGAACUUCAACUAUCCAUAUGGGUGGAAAUGGGAUCAUAAGACAUAACAGGAAAUGCAGAGACAUUGCUUUUCUCGUCAUCUUUAUUGCCUUUUGGGUUUCCAUGAUUGUCAACUCCAGCUUUGCUUUCAACAAAGGAAACCCAUUAAGGCUUACAUAUGGGCUAGACUACAAAGGAAAUGUGUGUGGCGACAAGCAUGCAGGCCUUCGUGAAUUGGAGCUGAAAUACUGGUUAAAUCCUAAUCAGGUGUACCAAACUGAAUUGAAGGAUAGUCAGUUUAAACUGGCCGACACCCGCAGUAUAUGCUUGUUGGACUGCCCUAUUCCUUAUGAAGAUUCACUUACUUGGGUGUGUGAUUAUCCUGAAGGAGAUAUUCGUGUUUCAAUGAAUGAUUGGAUUGAUUUGAACUAUAAUUAUUAUGAGUUCCUCACACAAGAAAUGAAAAACUCCUCUCUUCAACUUCAGGGCCCUUGUUAUCCUGUCAUAUUUCCUACUGUAAAUGUUUAUUGGAGUUGCCAAUUCAUUGCCAAAGCAUCAAAUGUGUCUUUAAAGCAUUGGCAACAGAUGGGUGGAGUUAACAUUAAUGAAGGCAUUGUCAUUGAUAAGUCCAUUCACAAGAGUAUCAAUUCUCAGUCAGCUGUCUUCAAGAGAUACAUGUCUGACAUAGGAAAGGCAUGGCCUGUGCUGAUUGUUUGUGGUGGGAUUUUACCUUUGUUUCUCUCUGUGAUUUGGCUGCUGCUGAUUCGGCAUUUCGUUGCUGCAAUGCCUUGGAUAACUGUGGUUUUCUUUGAUGUUCUCAUAGUAUCAGUUACAAUGUUCUACUACCUAAAAGUUGGAUGGAUAGGAAAUGAUGCUAUAACGCCCAUCAUCGGCGAGCAUGAUCCUUACUUUCAUAUAUAUGGAAGGGAGCUGACUCAUCUACAUGUUGUCACUGUCCUUAUGACUUUUAUUAUGGUUGUUUCCGUUCUUACAUCAAUUGCUAUUGUCCGGCGCAUCCUUAUGGCAACUUCUGUACUUAAGGUUGCUGCAAAAGUGAUAGGAGAAGUUCAAGCACUUAUUGUUUUCCCAAUCAUACCAUAUGGUAUCCUUGCAGUGUUCUACAUGUUAUGGAUUUCGGUUUUUCUCCAUUUAUUCAGCUCCGGUCAGGUUGUUCAGAAUGACUGCCACUCUAACUGCUGCUCGUAUGAACUCACGGAAAAGAGGGUGAUCUGCGAUCGUUGUUGUGGAUAUAGUGUCCGUUACACACCACACAUUGGAGUCGCCAUCCUCUUUCACCUUUUUGGUUGUUAUUGGGUUACACAAUUUCUCAUAGCAUGCUCAUCAACAGUGAUUGCUGGAUCCGUCGCCUCUUAUUAUUGGGGCCGUGGUGAAGAAUCUCCAGAAAUUCCUUUUCUUUCCGUCUUUUUGUCCAUGAAGAGGCUUAUGCGUUACAGUCUUGGUUCUCUGGCUCUUGGCUCUCUGACUGUAUCAUUUGUAGAAUCAAUCCGCUUUCUGCUUGAAUCUAUUCGACGCAAACUGAAAGUCACCAGUCAUGUGCCUGACAACAGGAUUGGGAAGGCUGCAUACCAUUCGUCGCUACUUUUUCGAAGGUGUAUUGAGUGGACCAUCAAAUCAUUCAAUCGAAAUGCUUAUAUCAUGAUUGCUAUAAGUGGUAAAAGUUUCUUUGGAGCUUCAGCUAUUGCAACAGAUUUGAUUAUGAAUAACAUCCUCCGGAUCGGGCGUGUCAAUGUGAUUGGAGAUGUUAUCUUGUUCCUCGGAAAACUAUGUGUCAGCCUCUCAAGUGCUGUUUUUGCUUUCCUCAUGUUGGACACACACAAGUACAAUUCUGCACAUAACAAGAUCUCAUCUCCUUUGUGUAAAAUGCAGGUUUGCUGGGCUCUUGGAUAUAUUGUUGCAACUCUUUUCUUUGGAGUUAUAGAGAUGUCAAUUGACACCAUCAUUCUCUCAUACUGUCAGGAUUCUGAAGAGCAUGGAACAGCACAAUAUGCUCCUCCGCUUCUCAUUGAAACUCUCAAUGAUCAAAAUGAGAUGUAAAGACUUAGACAAGAACCCCAAUGA